AUGAUUGCAGUUAAAGAAAAAAAAAAUAAAGAAGAUAGACCAUAUAAAUGUACAUUUUGUGAAAAAGCAUUUCAUAGAUUAGAACAUCAAACAAGACAUAUAAGAACUCAUACUGGAGAAAAACCUCAUUGUUGUACAUUCCCAGGUUGUUCAAAAAGAUUUAGUAGAUCAGAUGAAUUAACAAGACAUUUAAGAAUUCAUAAUAAUCCAACUACAAGGAAAAGAAAAACUAAAAAUAAUAAUGAUUUAAGUAGUCAUAAUAAUAAUAACGGUGAAUCUUCGAUACCUAUUAUUAAUUAUCAACAACAACCAUUAACAAUAGAUAGAAAUGGAAAUCAAAUAUUUCAUCAACCUUAUCCUGUAUAUUUUGUUCCAAAUGCCAAUGGUUAUAUGCAACCAGUAUUACCUCAACAUUUACCACAAGUUCAAGCUCAAGCUCAAGCUCAAAUGCAACAACAACAACAACAACAACAACAACAACAACAACAACAACCAGCACCAAUACAUGAUUCAAACACUUCCCUCAAAGAAACUGGUUCUUUCCCUUCACUAAUUAAUUCUCAUUCACAACCACAGUAUUCAGGAAAUAAUUCAUUUAAAGAUAUACCAUCUCAUUAUAAUCAACAAGGAUCAGCCAUAUUUUCAAUUCCAUCAUCUCCUACUAAUUUGCAACAUCAACAACAACUGCAAUUAUAUAAUCAUCCAUCUUCACAAUCUUCAACAAAUAUUUUGAACAACAAUCAUCAUCAACGUCCAGUAAUGACUUCUAGAGCAAUUUCAUCAGAUGCAAUAAGAUCAAAUCAUCAGAAUUUUACAACUCAAGGAAAUAAUUCACCUCCUUUCCAACAACGUUAUCAUCAUCAACAACCACACAUACUGAAAUCAGAAUCAACAUCAAGUAUAAUUUCCGAGAAUCAAAAAAUUUUUAGUAAUACAAAUUCAGCAUUACAUUCAUUAGGUACAUCACCAGAUACUUCAACAUCUUCAUCAUCUUCAAUUAUGCCACCACCAUCAGGUAUACCAACAUCAUCAUUCACAAAUUUAAAUGAUUAUUUCCAACAAAAAACUUCUUCAGGUAAUGGUGCUAGAUUAUUUAAUGCGUCAUCAAGUUCAUUAUCUUCAUUAAGUGGUAAAAUUAGAUCUACUUCAUCAACUAAUUUAUCAAGUUUACAAAGAAUGACACCAUUAAAAUCAUCACUAUCAAACAAUAAUAAUAAUAAUAGUAGUAGUAGUAGAUCUACUAUAAAUUUACCAAAGCAGAAAUCAUCAACUUCCUUAAAUUUAGAAUUUUAUAAUAAUCCUAAUAAUCAAAGUUCAUUACAUAUACUGAAGAAAUCAAGACCAAAUUCACCAGUUUUAUCAUCUAUUAAUUUAUCAAUCAAGAAACCAAAUAAUAAUUCUCAUUUUAUUAUAUCUCCUAAUGAAACUCCAUUACAAACACCAUCUCAAUCACCACAUUUACAACCAACAACAACAACACUAAACAAUAUACCACACCAACCAUUAUCACAACCAUUAUUUACACAAGAAAAUAAACAACAUAAUGAAUUAUUAAAUGAAAAAUUAAAAUCUAUUGCUACUACUGGUACAAAAUUACCACCUAUAAGAUCAGUGUUAAAUUUUACUAAUUUUAAUAAUUUUAAUCAUGAAGAUGAAGUAGAUAAUCAAAAUAUGAAUGAUACUAAUGGUACAAAUGGUACUUUAAAACAAAAUCAAAGUGUUAUGAGUUUAAAUAAUUUAUUAAGUUAA